CGCAGUUAAAUUUUGCUCGACGGUGAGCAUGUUGUUUACUUGUCAGUUGAUAAUUAUCAUACGUCAAAUGUUGACGACUCAGAGGGUAAUCUAGAACUUCAUUCAUCACAUCCGCAAACAUGUGUAUCCCUCAUCACACUUACCACCAGUCAUCUUGUCAUGUCGGCGAACUCUAUUGUCGAAAAUGAGGGCUCAAAGAACAACUACUGCAUCCACACUGUCAACAUGGACUCCCCGGCCCUACCAGAGGAUGUUCGGAAACCCCAGUGUUGGCUCACCCUGCUUGGCCAUAGUCUUUCGUUUCCAGCUCCGGUAGCGACGAUCGUAGGCGGAAAUGUUCCUUGGGUAUUUUUCCCAUUUUUUGCAUUGCUUUCCCGCCUUGGUGCACGUGGAACGACUACCCUAUUGUUGUAA